GUAUGGAGAUGAAUGAAUGCUUUUAAUCUAACCAUUUCUAUCUACUACCAUACCAUAACCGUCUGCAAUAUCCGAUCCAUCACUCCUCAGGCAUCGUCACCCUCACCAUCUCCAUCACAUCAUCAUCGGCUGGAUUUUCUCCGGUGGCCGUCCUAUCGUUAUUCCCAGCGUCGUCAGCUGUCUCUGGAGGUGCUUCUUGUUCUGUGUGGUUGGACGAAGCUACAGGUCAGUUCUCUGUCCUUUUCGGCGUGGAGGAGCCCUCGGGUCGGAUUUUUUGAGGGUUGUUUCAUGGUUCUCCCAUGGCGAAAGAGCUUUAGUUGAUUCGUGCUUUUGAUAUGGACAAGCGCGUUGCGUUUAAUUAGAGCCAUGGAUCUGCCACUGUGGUUUCUGGGGUUUGGGGAAAAAAGCAAGGCUGACUAAGGCGAGUCUGAAUUUGGGUUUUCAUGGGUUUGUGCUCUAAUCUACAAGAUGAAUUGGAUUUGAUUUGAUUUGAUUUCUUCUGUACCGUGAAUUUGGAUAUUUUGAGAGUACAAUCACUUGAUUUGGCUCUCUCGUGAGCUUUGGUGGACAUUUCUGCAAUGGAAGAUAGGGUUGAAGGUGAAGCUCACCGUUUCUAUGGUGUUAGCGCCAUGGAUCUUCGGGCUGUAGGUAAAAGGAUUGCUGAGUGGGAUUCGAAUGAUUGGAAAUGGGACGGUGACCUGUUCGUGGCUAGACAGUUAAAUCCUGGCUCUAGUGAAACCAUGGGGCGCCAAUUUUUCCCUCUCUGCUCCGCUAUUCCAACCACUGGAAACUCAUCGAACAGCUCUUCCACAUGGUCAGAUGAAGGGAACAUAGAAAUGAUGGAGAGAGGGACAAGGGGAUUGGACAAGAAGAGGAGGGCUGUCGUGAUUGAGGAUAAUAACUUGAGGGAUGAUGCUGGUAGCCUCACUCUGAAGUUGUGCGGACAUGGUUAUCCUGCUGGUGAUAGAGAGACUUUGGACAUAAAUGGUGCGAAGGCGACAAAAGCUGGUGGAAGUGUUCCCAGUCGGGCAGUUUGUCAGGUGGAAAACUGUGGAGCUGAUUUGAGCAGGGUGAAGGAUUAUCAUAGACGGCAUAAGGUGUGUGAGAUGCACUCCAAGGCUAGUAGUGCACUUGUUGGAGGAAUUAUGCAGCGGUUCUGUCAGCAGUGUAGUAGGUUUCAUGUCCUUCAAGAGUUUGAUGAAGGAAAGAGAAGUUGCCGAAGACGUCUGGCUGGGCAUAAUAAACGUCGGAGGAAGACAAAUCCUGAUACUGGUGGCAAUGGGAAUCCUCUGGGUGAUGAUCAAACAAGCAGUUAUUUGUUGAUUAAUCUCUUGAAAGUACUCUCCAAUAUGCAUUCCAAUGGAUCGGACCAUGCGGGUGAUCAAGAUCUUUUAUCCCAUCUUCUGAAAAGCCUUGUGAGCCAUGCUGGUGAACAAAUCGGAAAGAACAGUGCUGGACUUCUGCAGGGAAGAGUCCAAUCAUCUCUAAAUGUUGGCAACUCUCAUUUGCUUUCAAAUGGGCAAUCCCCUCAGGAGGAUCUAAAGCCUCUUUCAGUAAAUGAAUCUGAAAUGCCUCGACAAGAAGUAUAUGUAGAUGUUACUCGAGGUGCAGAAGGCGUGAAUUGUUCUCCAAAACGGGUCAGAGUGAAUGAUUUUGAUUUAAAUGACAUUUAUAUAGACUCGGAUGAUGGUACAGUGGAUGUAGAGAGAUCACCACCUAUGAAUCCAACAACUAGUUCUCUCGAUUAUCCUUCGUGGAUACGCCAAGAAUCACAUCAGUCUAGUCCACCUCAGACAAGUAGGAAUUCUGAUUCAGCAUCUGACCAUUCACCUUCUAGUUCCAGCAUAGAUGCUCAGGGCCGCACAGAUCGUAUCGUAUUCAAACUAUUUGGGAAAGAGCCGAAUGAUUUUCCUGUUGUUUUGCGAGGACAGAUUCUUGACUGGUUAUCACAUAGUCCAACUGACAUGGAGAGCUACAUUAGGCCUGGUUGUAUCGUUUUGACCAUUUACCUUCGUCAAGCUGAAGGUGCUUGGGAAGAACUUUGCAGUGAUCUGGGUUUCAGUUUGAGGAGGCUUCUAGAUCUUUCAGAUGACCCUUUCUGGACAGAUGGAUGGAUUUAUGUCAGGGUGCAGAACCAAAUAGCAUUCGCUCUUAAUGGUCAGGUUGUUGUGGACACAUCCUUGCCUCUAAGAAGUAAUAUUAUAUCUAAUGAGCUGAUUGAUAUCCAGGUAGAAGACAAUGGCCUCAGCUGUAGCUUCUUUCCUUUCAUAGUGGUUGAGGAUGAUGUCUGUUCUGAAAUCCGUAUGCUCGAGAGCACGUUAGAGUUUACUGGCACAGAUUCUGCAAAGCAGGCUAUGGAUUUUAUUCAUGAAAUCGGCUGGCUUCUUCACAGAAGUAAACUGAAUUCAAGACUCGGGCAAGAGUCGAAGCCUAAUGGAAAUUUAUUCCCUUUAAGACGGUUCAAGUGGCUAAUCGAGUUUUCGAUGGACCACGAGUGGUGUGCUGUGAUCAGAAAGCUGCUAACCAUUCUUUUUGACGGAACGGUUGGUUCAGAACAAGGUCCAUCCUCUGAUUCUGCCCUAUCCGAACUGUGCCUUCUUCACAGAGCUGUGAGGAAAAACUCUAGACCCAUGGUCGAGAUGCUUCUCCGGUAUGAUCCCAAGGAGCAGAAAUUAUUGGGCAACGAGAUCAGAUUGUUCAGACCCGAUGCCACCGGCCCAGCUGGUUUGACACCUCUUCACAUUGCAGCCGGUAAAGACGGCUCAGAAGAUGUGUUGGACGCCCUGACUGAAGAUCCUGGAAUGGUUGGACUCGAAGCCUGGAAGAAUUCCCGGGACAGCACGGGCUUCACACCCGAAGACUAUGCCCGCCUUCGUGGCCAUUUCUCCUACAUCCAUCUCAUCCAACGCAAGCACAAGAAGAAAUCCACCACUGAAGAACACGCAGUGGUGGUCGAUAUCCCUCUGUCUUUCCCUGAUACCGCCAUGGAGAACAGUCUCCAGAAGCAGAAAACCGGGUCGAGACCCUCCGGCUUGUCGGAGAUCUCUCGGCCCACGUCUUCGCACUGCAAGCUAUGCGACCAGAAAAUGGCAUAUGGGUUUGGACCGGCAGUCAGGUCUGUGGCUUACAGACCGGCGAUGCUGUCAAUGGUGGCCAUAGCGGCGGUCUGUGUCUGCGUGGCCCUUCUGUUCAAGAGUUGCCCGGAAGUGCUUUACGUGUUCCAGCCCUUCAGGUGGGAGUUACUUGCCUAUGGAUCCAGCUGAGUAAUUUAACUAUGGACCACCCAAAGUAUACAAUAAUCGUCUAAAGGAAGACUAUAUAAUAUAUAAUAAUUUAUAAAUGAAUAGCUUGGUAUUUGUAUGCUUCAUAUAUAUAUAUACACACACAAAACAUGGCGGCGUAGAAGACGGAUCUCAUGUGCAACAAGUACAA